AUGCAGUACAUGACGACGGAGGAUGUGCAGUUUAAUCCUCUGCAGCCGACGAGGAUGGCCUCGUGUGGCGCUGACGGUAUUGUUCAACUCUGGGAUUGUGAUCAAAUCAUCGAAGAUAAUAUGUUGCUCCCUGUUCGCGCUGUCCCUCUUGACAAUUGCAAAGCUAAAACUUUGGCGUACAAGCCCGAUGGCUGCGCACUGGCCGUUAGUGCAUUUGAUGGCAACAUAUACGUGCAGCAAGAUUCUGCCGAACGAUCUUCUUCGAUAACUUUGCCACUUGGACGCGAUGCUGACCACACAACAACUGAUAUGAUCUGGGGACGGAAGUCCUCCUCGCAUAUCUUGUAUGCGACAUCGGCAUCGUGCAGUAUUCAGGAGAUGGCGGGAUGUCAUAAAGCGUUCGAUACGAAUAGUGGCGGUGUAAUUUGCGAGCUUGAUGCACAAGAAGCAGGCCAGAGGUUGGCGGUCAAUGAGAUCGGGGAUACCAUCGUACUCGCAACAAAAGGACAGGGAAUGUCAUUCUGUUUGAGGAAAUAUGAUGCCCGUCGACGCUUGGGCAGAGCAGUUGAGCGAACUAUGCUGGAGCCAUUCACAGGAGAAGGUUCCCACAAGGUCAACUACAUGGCAUUCAGUCCUGAUGGUGUCUAUAUUGCAAUUGCGAGGACGGAUAACACCGCGCACGUUUACGAUGCACGUUUCCUCGGUAAAGAUGUGCUGCACGUAUUCGCACAUGAAGACGGAAGCAACUCACAGAGUGGGAGGCACGGUGUAAUCACCGCCCAGUGGAUCGACGGUUUUCCGCGCGGACUGGGGCUCGUUACUGGCGGUGCAGAUGGCUGCAUCAGGUUAUGGGACGUGAGACGAUCGACAGAUGACCCUUUCAACGGCACUCCCAUUGCUGAGUGCGACUACGGCAUCGGCGAUUUUGUGACGGGUGACAUCGGGAAAGGCGAACAUCCUCUUAUUGUUGGCGAAUGUUCCGGACAAGUCAACGUGUUCCGAUGA